GAUGUAUUGCAUCAUCAAUGUAUUGCUGCUUAUGCUUCAACUCUGUCAGAAUUCUUUUUGUGGCAUUGGGUGCCCUUUUUUUUUGGUUUGAGCACCUGCCCCCCAAAAUGUCUGUGCACGUGCCUGAAUAUAUGUCCUCACAUAGUGCUGUAGCCAGGAUUUAAGGAAUACUACACUUGCACGUCUGAAUGCAAGUUGCCCUGUCACCACGAGAGAGCACCAUGGUAUUAUGACCUAAAACAGUUUGAUUAUAACUAAUGACAGUAAGCGGGCAUCUUUGACACCUUAUAACCAAUCUACAAUCCCUAUAUCACCACACCACUGUGAAAUAAACGGAGAGAUGCGGUAGUCAACGUGUAUUGUAAUUAGUUAACAGUGUAGUGGUUGAUUUACAUGUCAUGAAGUAGUGGAGGACAACGUACAGAGGCAUAACUGUGAACAUAAACAUAACCUAGAGUUAAUUGUCAGUUAAUUCAUUUAUAAUGUUGGGCAUGCAGUCUUUAAUGUUUGAGAGAAAAAGCAACACGUGGUUACAGCUUCCUGUCAAUUCUCGCGAGAUUUACCGGCUCCACACUGUACAGAUAUUGCUUAUGCUCCUAGCAACCGGUCGGAAAGUAACUCUCGCGAGAUGUACCGGCUCCACACUGUACAGAUAUUGCUUAUGCGUCUAGCAACCGGUCGGAAAGUAACUCUCGCGAGAUUUACCGACUCCACACUGUACAGAUAUUGCUUAUGCUCUUAGCAACCGGUCGGAAAGUAACUCUCGCGAGAUUUACCGGCUCCACUGUACAGAUAUUGCUUAUGCUCUUAGCAACCGGUCGGAAAGUAACUCAGCGCGCAUAAGCGGUCUGCGAUAAAGGACAUUCUGUUAAUUUAAAUAUGUAAUGUUAAACACUACACUAGUGUCACUACAGCCUGACAAGUCAGGGUCAUUUCAGAGACCACGGAGAUGUUUCCCGGUUGCUAGCAUGCUGCGUUUGGGAUAGCUAGCUAGCUAACACGCUACAGUUAGCACCGCCCGGGACAACGUGAGGAGCAUCUUUACCGAGUAACGUAACCAAAUCUAGGCGGUUCACGAUGAAGUGUCACUACGAAAUCUUGGAUGUGAAACGGGACGCGGGAGACGGCGAAUUGAAGAAGGCGUAUCGUAAAUUAGCGUUGAAAUGGCACCCCGAUAAAAACUUGGACAAUGCGGAUGAUGCAGCGGAACAGUUUAAGGUGAUUCAAGCAGCUUAUGAUGUUCUGAGCGACCCUCAGGAGAGAGCAUGGUAUGACAAUCACAGGGAUGCUUUGCUGAAAGGAGGAAUCAGUGGAGAUUAUGAAGAUAGCAGCAUUGACCUGCUGCAGUACUUCACGGUCACCUGCUACUCUGGCUUUGGAGAUGACGACAAGGGCUUUUACACAGUCUACAGGAACCUCUUUGAAUCUAUUGCUGUGGAGGAGAUUGAGCAAGGCAAGGUGGAGGAAGAGGAGGAAGAGGAGUUUCCUCCCUUCGGAGACUCGCAGAGUGACUAUGACAGCGUAGUGCACAUGUUUUAUGGCUACUGGCAGAGCUUCUGCACUCGUAAAAACUUUGCCUGGAAGGAGGAGUUCGACACUCGGCAGGCCUCCAACCGCUGGGAGAAAAGGGCGAUGGAGAAGGAGAACAAGAAGACCAGAGAAAAGGCCCGGAAAGAGCGCGGCGAGCUCGUGCGUCAACUUGUCGCUUUUGUUCGCAAGCGCGACCGCCGCGUGCUGGCCCACAGGAAGCUGGUGGAGGAGCAGAACGCCGAGAAGACCAAGAAGCUGGAGGAGCAGCGGCGGAAGCAGAAGCUCAGCCAGGCCAAACAGGCAGAGGAGUACAAGGAGCAGAGCUGGGCGGCCAUGUCUGAACUUGAGAAGGAGCUGCAGCAGAUAGAGGCUCAGUACGGAGAGGAGUUUGGAGAUGCGUCGGAGAGUGAGGAAGACGAGCUGGAUAUGGACACCCGGGAGAAGAACGGUGAAAAAGGAGAGCUGCCCGACGGAAUUGAUUAUUAUGAUGAUCUGUUCUGCCCGGCCUGCGACAAAUCCUUCAAAUCGGAUAAAGCUAUGAAGAACCAUGGAAAAUCCAAAAAGCACCGGGAGCUGGUGGCGUUGCUUCGACAACAGCUGGAGGAAGAGGAGGAUUCAUUUGGCGUUAAUGUAAACGGAAAGGAGGGAAUAGAGGCGGAGAAUGAGGAGGAUGGGGAGGAAGAGGAUGAGGAAGACAAGCCGAGACAAAAGCUCUCCAAAAAGCAAAAGAGAAAGAAGAAACAGCAGAAAGUAUUACACAGUGCUGGAGAGGAAGAGGAAGAGGAGAGAGUGGAGGAGAGAGUGGAGGAGAGAGCGGAGGAACUAACCCCGACCACCUGCGAGGACGAUGCCCCCGAGACGUCGGAGAACCCUCCCCAGCCUGAGAAGCAGGACGACCCCCCCCCCACAGAGGUCAAGAGCAGCUCUGGGAAGACGAAAGGUAAAAAGGGAGGAAAGGAGCAACUGAAGAGUGUCAAGUCAAACACAGAAGAACAGAUUCCUGAGAGUGAAAUAAUCCUCCGCUGUGUGACCUGCGACGGCGAGUUCUCCACAAGGAACAAGUUGUUUGACCACCUGAAGACCAGCGGUCACGCCAUCGCCGCCGCCGCCUCCAACGCUCCUCGCAGCUCCGUGAGCAAGAGCAAAAAGGACAAGAAGAAGAACAGAUGACACCUCUUCCUCAUGGACACGGGGAACUCUGGGAAGAUGAACUUAAAGAAGCCUUUUGAAAGUGGACUUUUAAUGGAUCGGUUGACUCCGAGGGAAUAGUUUGGGCUUUUUAAUUGCCCCAUAAUCCUGUUGAGUGAGACGUGUUUCCCAGUGACGUAUGAACCGCUCAGUGCUUUGACUGGGAGACAUUGCAUCAUCAGAUCCUUGACCGUUUUGGGACGUCUCUUGGUUUGUCACAAAGAGCUCUGCGGCGGUAUUACUGCAUCAGAACAAAUAAAGGUGAUACUGCGUGUUGGUAUUUAUAUGACAACUCUGGAAUGAUUUGCAUCAAUACCUCAAACUAACCAUUUCACUAAAUCACUGUAUACGUUUCCGUUUAUAUUCUGUUUUGUUGGUAACGCAAGCAAAUAUUUCAAAGCACAACUAAGUAAAAUUAAACAGUUUUAUUAGCUUCGCAUUGAAAAUGCGGAAGGUUAUGUUUUGAUCACCGUGUAUUUAUUUAUUUAUUUGUAUGCGUGUUACUCUCAUAACUCAAAGUAUUAAAUCGAAUCACAUGAAAUUUGGUGGGAUGAUUGGUUAUUAUCCAGGGACCAUUUGAUUAGAUUUUGGGAUCGAUAGGGUCAAAGGUCAAGGUCAUGAAAAGGUCAAAAUCUUCUUUUUAUCCAAUUGGCAUGCAACUAAAGCCAAAAUGUUCAUAAUUCAAUGCCCAAUCUUGUGGUAUGCGAAGGUAUGCGCUCUACAGAGUGCCCGUUCUAGUUUGAAUCUGCAUUUAGCCUGACACUAGUCUUUUGUAUUUCUUUCUCAAUUGUUUUGCGGGUCUAUUGUUUUACUUUUUUAUAGUGCCUUGAGUCGCUACCAUUUAAGGCGCUAUACAAAUAAAAUUUAUUGUUGUUAUCCUUUGAAGAAUGUCAACAGACCUUAUAUGGCCCCUUGUUUAAUGACUCUAGCUUUUAGACUUCUGUUACCUUCAAAUUUACUCACAUAUUACCCUCGGUGUCAAUUUGACCCCAGCAAUUAAAACCUCCAGAAAAUUAUUAGAAUUUAUAUUGUUUCCCAAGUUUAAGUGUCACUUUAUGUUUGUUUGUUUGUUUGUUGACUACCUAAAUAGCCCUUUUAAAUAAAUAAAAAAAGUUGAUAUUU